CUUUUGGCCCCUCCCCCUCCGCUGUGUCCAUGGUGACGCGGCUGCUGCUGCCGCUGUUCCGAGCUCUGCGCUCCACUUCCCUCCUCGUCGCGGGUGCCGCUGCCCCCCUGUGCUCGCGAGCGCCCCUUGCGGCCGGGCGGGCAUCGCUCCUCUCUCGGAGGCUGGUGGUGGUGAUAAUGGCGGAUCCUCCGAGGCCUGGCGCGGAGGAGGGCCCCUCGGGAGGAAGCGGAGGGAAGGAGGCGCCCCAGGCUACCUCCAGCGGGUUGCGCCGAUGGACCGAUGGAAAGCAAAUUGUGGAGCAGAAGAAAAAGCAAAGAAAAAAACGGAGAAAGGAAUCAGACUGUCUUGAUGAUUCCUGUGGCAGUUUGAUAAUGGAAAUGCCAUUUGCAGAAGCAGAUAUUGAGGAGGAAUUUAGCACUCCCACUACAAACCCAAAGCCACAAGGAACUAAAGCAAAUAUUAAAAAGAAGGGAAGAGAACUACUGGAGAGAGAGAAUGAAGAAGACAAUUUAAUGAAGAAGAAAAGAAAAAAUCAAGACCGGCCAAAUUAUUUCAUUUCAAUUCCAAUUAUAAAUCCACAGGAACGGAGUGAUGACCCUAGGAAGACUUCCAAAUGGAAGCAUUCCAAAGACAAGUCCUUUCAUUCCAAGAGAGAUAAGUCUUCUGACCGGCUGGCUUCAAAAUGGGCCCACCCCGCCUCGUCCACUACUAAAUCGAGCUGUAAAGACCCUUCAGUUUUGACCCCGGCCCCAUCUGCCACCUUGGGUACUGACCCCGAAGCAUUGGUCCCGACCCCAACUGUGUCAGCUGUUCAGAUUCCCCUUGAUACCUCUCAGAUCGUCUGUCUAGAUACCAGUUCUGAGUCAGAAGGAGAGGUUCGGGACACAGAUCCUCUAGCAUUGACUCUGCACCUGUCAGACCAAGCAGGAGAGGUUAGCCUACGGGCUCCUGUUCCUCCACUCCGACAAGAUGGGGCCAGUCUCAGGACCGAGGCUGAAGAGGUCGCCUGUGUCAAUGUCAAGGCCUCUUUCCAUGAGGAUCUUCUCCAGCAGUAUCCUGACUUGGUGUAUGACUAUGUUUCUGGGAGGUACCUUCUACCAGUGGAUCCUGACAACCUUCGCCAGAAUCUCCAGUCUCAAAGGCCCUUGUCUCCUGCUUCUAUGAAGGCCCAAGUCAUCAGGGCCUCUACCUUGACAUUUCCACCGGUACCACCUUGCCGUCAGUCCCUCUACGAUAGACCUCUGCCAAGAACCCCUGAGGACUCUCCUGAUUCAGAUCAAUCUCAGAGGGAAUCACGCUCCCCAACCCCUGAUUCUGAUGCUGAACAAUCUCCAUCACCUGAGCAUCUGGUAGAACUGGAUCCUCCUUUCCAGACAGAUGAUGUCAGAUCCUUCACCGAUUGCAUUACCCUGAUGGCGAAAGCUCUUGAUAUAGAGGUCACCCAUACACAUUAUGAUGCGUUGGACUCGAUUGAGCGCAGGUUCUAUGACACGUUACCGACGCCUCUUUCCAUUGGCUACCUUCCAUCAUUGGAGAGAAUUGCCAAGCAGUCCUGGUCAACUCCGGCUACAGUCGCUUCGACUUCAUGGGAGAUCGAAAGCCUGUACCGGAUUGCUCCCUCAGGCCCGAAUUGGCUUUUUGAGCAUCCUAAGCUGAACUCUGCCAUCGUAAAGGGGUCGCAGCUGUCCUUCACUCCCAGAACGUCUUCUUCCCCAUCUGACAAGGAGAGUAAGAAGAUCGAUGGGAUGGCAAGGAAGUUCUAUGCUUCAGCAGUGCUCGACCUUAAGGUGGCCAAUUAUGCGGCGUAUAUGGGAGCCUAUGUUCAGCACCUCAUGGAACGCAUGGAGCCCCUCCUAGAUGAGAUGCCAGAUGACAAGAGAAAAUUGGCCUUGGCCAUCCAAUCUGAAGCUCAUUCAAUUGGUGGCCAACAGAUCAUCUCAGCGCGCCAUUCUACAGACUGUGCUUCCAAAAUUUUAUCGGGUUCAGUGGCCCUUCGGAGGCAUGCUUGGCUGCGUUGCUUGGACCUGAGCCCUCAUGCUCGGUCCACAAUUGAGGAUAUGCCCUUUGAUGAUUCUGGUCUCUUUAAUAAAGAGACAGAUGAGAAGCUCAAUUUUCAGUACCGGAUGAAGACGGCUGCCAAGAAGCACGGCAUGUCUUCGGCUUCGUUCCAAUCUCCUCCGGUACAAGGUAUGGAUCUCAGCGCGCUUGGUACCCCCCGUAUCAACAAAGGUCAUUUCAGCCACAGGAACAUCGGUAUCAACAGGACCAGCCCAGACAGUGCCAACCUUCCCAGUUCUCCUCUUCCUUGUCUGGCCGCCACCAACCGCCUCAGCCAUGGUACAGGCAGAGAUACAAGAAAAAAGAUGCUCAACAAGGCAAGAGGAGGUUGUGAAAUGGGACAGCGCACUUCAUAUCUACCCAUUUGAGGGAUAGGCUGAGGCCCUACCUUAACACCUGGGCCUCAGUCACUUCUGACUCUUGGGUCUUGGACAUUGUCUGCAGGGUUAUCCUCUUGAGUUCGAAGAGCUCCCAGUCAUCGGAGCUAUCCUUUCCACCAUACUCUCAGUCACCCUGCUUGACGAAGUAUACACUUCAUUGCAAAAGGGCGCG